AUGGCUGCCCCUGCCCUUAGUACCUACACCCCAGAAGAGAUGGUACAACAGAUGAAAGAACUAAUCACUGAGAACAAUGAGUUAAAAGAAGCCAUGAAGUUGCGUAACCAAGCUAUGAAGGAUCGAUACGAGGAACUUUCUAUCUGGCGAGAGAAGCAGAAAGAAGAAAGAGAAUUUUAUGAGUUAAAGUUUAAGGAAGCUAAGCAGUGCUUGCUAGCCAAGUGCAUUGAAAAUGAACAGCUACAGCAACAACUUCAGAGAUUAAAGGGAAGAGAAGAAGGAGUUGAAAUGGAGGGCUGCAUGACUCCCGAGAAGGAGGCGAGGCAGCUGAAAUCCCAGGUGCAGCGGCUCCAGAUUGAGAAAGCAGAUCUACUAGCCAUCAUUUCAGAACUGCAGGUCAAGCUGAACAUAUCUUCAGCCGAGGAUUCCUUUGUGGAGGUUCGGAUGAACGAAGGAGAAAUAAAUAGGACUGCAAAGGAACAUGAAGAGAACAGUGAUGAAAUGACCAGCAACGUUGCUGCUUAUAUGAGUAAAGCUGCAGAUGAAUCGAAGAAUUUGGAGUCUGAGGAGCUAACUGUGAGCCAUCUGCUCUGCUGCCUUAGAAGUGAAACUCAGAAGAGGGAAAAACUUGAGAAGGAGCUGCAGGAUCACAAAGAGAGACUGUCAAAGCUGGAGAAACAAAACAGCAACUACCUGGAGAGUGGGGCACAAACCGAACAAGAAGAGGAGGAUCGUAGUGAGAUCCUUGUUACCAGUGAAGUAGAAACCCUGAAUAAGCAAGUUUGUGCUCUGUUUAGAGAGCUUCAGGAAACCCAUGAGAAGUUAAAAGAAGCAGAAUUGAUUCAGAAGAAGCUUCAAGAAAAGUGCCAAGUACUGGAAAGAAAAAGCUCAGCUGCUGCCUCAGAACUGGAGGAGAAGCAGCAGCUAACAUACACCAUCAAGAAGCUGGAACUUCAGGUGGAGAGCAUGCAGGCAGAGGUCAGGCUGGAACAAGCCAAGACACAUGAAGAAAAGGCAAGAUUUAGUAGCUUGCAGGAUGCAUACAGCAAACUUCUUCCUGAACUCACUGAGGCAAUGAAAACAAUCAGUGAAAUGAAACUCAAAGAGCUGAACAGAGUGGAUAAAGCUGUGGUGGAGCAACUGAAUGCAAAGGUGGAGUUGGCAGAACAAGCCCUUGCUGCAAAGCAGCUCCAGAUAGAUGAAAUGAAGCAAAUAAUUGCUAAGCAAGAGGAGGAUCUUGAAACCAUGGCUGUGCUCCGCACUCAGAUGGAGGUUUAUUGUUCUGAUUUCCACGCUGAGAGGGCAGCAAGAGAGAAGAUCCAUGAGGAGAAGGAGCAGUUGGCUGUCCAGCUGGCAUACCUGCUAAAAGAGCAGCAAAAUCUCGAAGAUCUGGGCCGAAACUCUUUGGCGGAGAUGCAGAAUCGCCACGGAGCCAGGGCACCAGAUCGGGAACACUCACCUCGCCUAGUCCAAAGAGGAACUGGUGGUCAAGCCUGGCCAGAGCAGCGGAAUAUCUCAGUAUAUUCAUGUCCCAAAUGUGAAGAAAUUCUACCUGAUUUGGACACUCUGCAGAUUCAUGUUAUGGACUGCAUUAAUUGAGUGAUGCCCUCCAAUUCUUCAUCUUCUGGAAUUUCACUUGCUAAACACUUUUUUUUUUCCUUCCCGCUUGAAUAAUGCUCAACUCUACAUCCCUUAAAGGAGGUUUUCAGGGUUUUUCUCAUUAAUUCAAUGAGAAAAGGGUAAAACUCGUACCCUGCCCUGUACUCACUAAUUGUGUUUUAAUCUGCUUUAGGAAAAUAAUUUUUAUAGUUUAACAACAUGGAUGUGUUAAAGAACUUCCAGUGUGUCUGCUGCUAGGAAAU